GACGUCUACCAAAAGGUUGAUGCAGCGACGUUAGCCGCGCAGGCACCGGUAGUGGUGAGUGAUGCCACUGGCGGAGAUAUCGAUGGAGCGCCGAACAGCAACAAGACUGGCUUGGUCUCGUUCUUUGUCCUGGCUGCCUUGGCUGGAGCUUUCGUGUUUUUGUACUAUCGGAAUGCCUCGGUGAAGAGCCGCGUGGACGAAUAUACGGGUCGCGUGCACCAACUCUGGCUGAACUGGCGAGAUGAAGAGUCUGAGGAGGAGUCGCCCAAGAAGGCAGCAGCGGCAUCGCCCAAAAACGACAGCGGCUCGCUGACCCCUAGAGGAGGAAGAGCGCGCAACCUCGAGUUUGGCAUGGAGCCGCCCAGUGUAUCUCGAUCCCCGAGUCGUCCGAGCGUGCCGCAGCAGAUGAUGGCCGCCGUGAAGUCGAUCGGCAGUGUUGUCCGCACGCCCUCCAGACCCUCCACUGCGUCAAAGGAUGCAAGUGGAGGCUUCGUGGCCAGGGCGCCGACAGGUGGUAGCUUCCAGCGCGUGGCCACUGCGGGCAGCCCAUCCGGCUCAUUGCGUUUGCAGCAUACCGCGGGCAGUCCGUCCGGUGGCGGUUGGUGUAUGAAUGGGAUAGUGCAUCCUUACGAGGUUUUGCUGAAUGCCUUACUCUUGGGCGCUGGGAGCCUGAACUCCAACUGGAGCCCCGAUGACGAUGUCGGAGGGGCUGCGAAGGCCGAGGAGAGCGACAUGAGGGCACAGAGAUGGUCUGAUCACACGCAGCGGCAGUCGCGACACCGAAUGUUGGCCAAUGAAGGGCCUGGGCGAUCCUUGGCGGGCGCACCUUCAUCCACUGAGUACCAGAGAUCGGAGUCGUACAUGGGGCAGGACUUCUUUGGCCACUUCACCUUCUACACAGGUGCAGAUCCGACCCAUGGCACAGUCAAGUUUCUCGACGAAGCAGCAGCCUGGAACGAGAAACUCUUAUCCAUUUCCGAUUCGCGCGUCCUCAUUCGCAGCGAUAACACGACCGUGGUGCCAGAGGGCGAGGGCCGAAAGGCUUUGAGAAUCGAGUCGAAGACCAGAUACAAUAGCGGCCUCUUCGUGUUGCAGAUGGAUCAUGUGCCGACCGCCUGUGGGGCCUGGCCGGCCUUCUGGAUGUUCGGAGACGAUGCGCAGCAUGUGUGGCCUCGAUGGGGCGAGUUCGACAUAUGGGAGGCAAUCCACACCCAGAAUGCUGCAACUACAACUCUGCACACGCGUGAGAACUGCGAUCAGCGAGCCGUGAAUGAAGGCAUCGAUUUUCAAGGUCAGGGUUGGGCUGUCGGCACUCAAAGCAACAAAGCGAAGAACUGCUGGGUCCAUGCAAAUGCAGAAUAUGACAACCAGGGAUGUGGACAGAAGCUUCAGGAUGGAUCUGCGGGUCCGAAGUUCAACGUCCAAGGAGGUGGCACAUUUAUUGCGGAAUGGGAUCCCGUGGUAAACAAGCGCCUCCGCACGUGGUUCUUUCCCACCGGACAGGAGCCCCCGCUUGGUGACAACCCCAACCCGGAUACCUUCGGCAUGCCCAAUUCGUUCUUCACUUUGAACGAAAAAUGGUGUUCAUCCGGGCACUUCCACAACAUGCGGAUGGUGUUCGACGUUACAUUCUGCGGUGAUUACGCCGGUGGGACUUUCCACUCAAGUUGUCCGGAAAUUCAGAUGUCCUGCGCAGAGUAUGUGCGAUCAAAGCCAAGCGCAUUCAGCGAAGCUUUCUGGAGCAUCCGGCGCUUGGAUGUCUACCACAGCAAAGCUGUCCAAGCCCUCGCAAAUCAUGAUCAGCAGGGCACCGCUUGGACCGCAAUCCUGGCCAGCCUUGCUGCUGCAGUGCUGCUUAGUGUUGUCCUCUACUAUUACUGCAGCCGCCAGCGUGUGGUUGCCAUCGGACAAGCCUUGACAGCGCCCAUGAAAUCGGACAACAAGCUCCAGCUCCCUAUAAACAAGGCGACGAGAUCCGGUGCUGGAGGGCUGGUCACAAGAAUCUCGGCUGCCUGCGAGGUGUACCUUGAGAGCGAAGCGGGUGGCAAUGUGGCUGAACCGGAAGUGGAGCCAGCACCACCAGGCUUGUCCUGGCGUCGGCUGUGGCUGAUGUUCUGCUGCGCCAACGAAGACAAGCGGACUCCAAACAAGGCGCAGGGUGGCACGCGACCCAUCGGCUAUGAUGAAGUCCAUCCUACAAGCCCAACCAGGACGCCAUCAAGGACGGGCGAGGUCACGCCGAUGCAGCCUACGCUCAGAAAGGAGGGAUCCGCUGGUCGCGUGGGGUCUGGAGUUCUCGUGCGUGCACCCUCCGGCGCGCUGGUCGACCAGGUCGUUGAUCGGUCGGAGUACAUAUUUGGUCCGGUAGACAGCAUCGGACUCGGGAAAGGUGGUUGUGCCAGCCCCAACAAGAUGAGGCAAUGGCCCCAGGGAAGCUUGGAGAUUUCCGUCGAUCACCCAGAUGCCAUUCAGGUGUUGCUUGCUGAUGGCCCUGGAUUUGGAUUUGCGGAUGUUUGCAUUCAAGAACUCUGCCUGCAUGUCGUCGUUGCAGGUGGAACUGCCAACACACAUAAGCAGUCGAUACUUCCGAUAGUCUAA